UAUCUGGUCACCCUAAAUAACAACAGUUGUUCGUUAUUGACGAAUUUCCCUCAAAAAACUCUAUAAAAAUUAAAUUUUCACAUAUUUUCAAUGCCUGAACCAAAAUUCAACCAAGUUGUGCGGAAAUCCAUCCUCCGGAACACCGAAGUGCCCAUCAACAGUCGAAAAACGAACACAAAUGACGACAAAAAGCAAGUUCGGAUCAAUUCUUGUCCCACACCUGUUGCCACUUUGCAUGCCGAGGACCAAAAAGACUUCAAUCCAGCGACAGAAAAGUACACAAAACACACCGUAAACUCCUCCAAGCAUCUUUACAAGGAAUUAAAGGACAUCAGAUCAGGCAAAGGCUUUGACAAAACGGAAAAAGAUUUCAUUUCGCCCGAAAUUGCGCAUCUCAUGCGACGCCAGCUGACGAAAACGCUCAAUUUUCCGCGUCACGUAAGCGUUUUUCACGGAUUGUGUCCCAUAAAUGUGAACGAUUCCGCCUUGGAGCUAGACGUGGAUCGUCCCCGGAAGAUUUACGUGCCUCGCGUUCGUCACGAAAAGGAUCCCGAACCGAGUUUGGGGGAUUUUCUCGAGCCAGUGGCGACUUUUGGCAUGACUUGCGUCGAUAGUGACGACGAAGAUAACACGCAUUAUGCGAAAUUUAUCGAUGUUCCGGCGGUAAAACAUCAACCGCCGAUUUGCACGACGAUACGAAAUGUUCAGACGAUCCAACAUUUGUUCGAUUAAAAAAAUAAAAUUAAUUUUUUGAU